AUGGCCUGGCAUCUGCUCCUGGCCACCACCGUUUUCCUGUUAUCUUCGGUUCUUUUCUGGAAAUUGGCCGAAAAGGGCAAAACGACGUCUCCGGCUGGCGCUCCCACCUUCAUGUAGGUUUAAUUCAUUUGAAAAAUCUUGGUGGGUUUUUUAAAGGAGCAUGGAUGAGAUUUAUAAAGGUCUCGAGGCGAAAAGCCUUUCUAGAGUAAUUUUUGUUCAUUUUAAGCUUUUUCACUUCUGGGGUGUUUCUAUAAUCCUUUUUGAGAUGAUUAAUAAUAUUUCUUUUUAUGAAUAUAUUUAUCAUUCGCCAAAAAGCUCUGACCCGUCUGCGCUCUCUUGUCUCUCAACGGCGAGGUCAGAGAAACCUGAAAAUAACAAGUGAACACGAGAGAGUUGCCGAUAGAAAAGAGGUCGCAGAGGAAUAAGAAAUUCUGAACUUUUGGCGAACGACGUACAUUUAGGGAUUAAAUUUACAGAAAAAUGGAAAUUUUCAGUUUGAACAAGUUCAAAUUUUCAUUCCACCCGCCAAAAAAGUCCCAAAACAACAGAAAGAACAAAAAUUCGACAAAAUACCUUUUCAGCCGCGAUUUGAGCGAAUCGAGGCUGAAUCCAAGCUGUAAAUGGCCGAGUAUUCUUCCGUUUGAAAUGCGGAAACCAACAGAAUCAGUGUAAAUUUUGACUUUUUGUCAAAUUUUUGUUGAAAACCAAAUCCUGAUAUCUUUUCAAUUCAGAAGAAGCUUGUCUUGUGACACCCAAAUGCUCAACUGGACAAGUUUUACCGACGAAGGAGUUCUUUCCAUUUCUACUGAUAUCUACACAAUGCGCAACGUCGCUCAAAACGACAAUUUCGUGUUUUUAUUUGAAAUUCGAUUUUUGAAGUAGUGACUUCUUUGAAGAUGUUACUAUGCUGAGCUGAUACCUGAGAACGAGAUGGACGACAAAAAUAAUAAUAUUACGCUCGGACCGGAAAAAAGGGUGAGUUCAAAUGAUUUUUCGUGAAUAUUCUUGUUUUCCUGCUCAAGUUCGUUUAAAAAAGUGUUACAACUAUAAAAUUAGAUAAUCAAAAAUUCAAUGAAGUUCGAAUCGUAGGAAUACUUUUUUUGAUUUUUAAUUGUACGUCUUUUCAUAUUUUAACCGGAUCGAACAGUUUCCAUUUCAGAAAGAAAAAUUUCAAAAAUAAUAAAAAUGGAUAUUUUAACACUUCUUUUGGUAAAUGCGCUCCACGGACGAUUCGGCGAUCGAAAUUUUUUUGGUCGCGCGCUUUUUUGGCCACAAACACGCGCCGUCAGUGUAUUGCCGAGUUCAAAGCUAAUUUGACGCGUUUAUAGCAAAAAAGUUUUUCUGGUUCAAAACCACGAGCCAAAACGCAGAAGACUCCCACGACGUGAUUGGUUGGCUCCGCCCAGCUGCCAAGAAAAUAUUUUUAAAAUAAAUUCAUAUUGGCCAUUUGCCAAAAAGGCGGAGCCAACUAAUCACGUCGUGGGAACCUGCUGCGUUUCGGCUCGAGAGUCAAAUUAGCUUUGAACGCGGCAUAUGAGAACCUUGUUUUUUUGAUUAUCCAUUCUUCAAGUUUUUAUAUCUUUUUAAAUUCACUUUUUAAAAAAAUUUUAAAUUUAAAAAUAAAUAAUCCAUUUAGCAAAUGCUUAAAAAGCUUUCCCGUGUUAUAACGUAGCUUUUUUAGAACGGUAUUUGUACAUAUCGCCUCACGUAAAAUGACAAGAGAUUUGUCAUUGGGGCGCGCUUCUUCACACUCUUUUGUUCUACUGAAUUUUCGCAGUGCCUAUGCCGGCAUUCUGCAAAAAAAGUUGCAAACAUCUUGCAAAUCAGAGCUUUGCAUUUUGCACAGAAGUUCCUCGCGUUUUGCAUUUCUUUUUGGGCUUACUUUUGUAUAGUCUGUUCUUAUUUUGAAUGUCAAGCAGCUAACUCCACCCCCACGGCUACAAUAUCUUUCGCGUCAAUGUUUUAUCUACAGAUGACGAUGGCCCUUUAAUAGGCUGCAUUUUUGACUUCUUUCUCUAUCUUUUAGAUCAAAAAAGAUCAAAAUUAGCCCUCGCGCGAUAAAACAUCGACGCGAAAAGGUACCGUUUCAGCAGGGGCGGAGUUAGCUGGUUGCCAAUCAAAAUCUGAACAGACUAUACAGACGAAAGAAAUUCAAAAUGCGAAGUACAGCUGUGCAAAAUGCAAAGCACUGAUUUGCAGAAUGCAUGAAUUCAUGAAGCUUUUUUCCCAGAAUGCCUGUAUAGGCACUGCUCUUGGCCAAAUUUCAGUAGAGCAUCUUUUCGGACAUUGGUAACGCGAAAUGUUUCGAAGAGAUUUCUUUUAAAAUUGAUUCAAAAUAUCGGUCAGAGAGUGUGAAGCGAUUUCAGCCUUUGAGAAUUUACUGUUAUGUAUUUUUUCUUCAUUCCUCCUUUGCAAAGUAACACAGAACAAAAAACCCUCAGCUGCUUUUAAGAGCAUUGGGCUGGUACCUGGUAUUGUUUAGUAGCAGUAGAUCGAAUCCCGUCCGCCAUGGACUAUUUUGAAACUGUCGUUAUCACUUUCAUUAUAGAAGACGGCGUCAUCGCGGUUAACUGAAGAUAAAAUACUUUCGAAUGCGGAAAAAGAGGAUAUACAAAAGUUGAAUCAAAAAGAAUUGCUCGUAGAGUUAAAUUAUUUUUCCGCAGCCAAAGUGUCUGCGGCCUUGUAUCAUAAUCGAUUUUUUUUUAUCGCGAUAUAUAGUCUGUUCAGAUUUUAAAUUUCAAGCAGCUAACUUCAAAAAUAGUCCCGCGCGAUGAAAAAUCGACGCGAAAAGGUACCGUCUCAGCAGGGGCGGAGUUAGCUGGUUGACAUUCAAAAUCUGAACAGACUAUAGCGAUAAAAUUUUGGGGGUAUGAAAAAAAACACCAGCGAAAAUUCAAACGGCGACUUUUCCGAUUUUUUCAUAUUGCUAGAGAACUUUCCGACGGCUACCUUUCCGCUGAAUUUUUUUCCGACUUUUUUUCUCGAUAAACUCUUCGUUUUCAAUCUUCCUUUAAAAAGUAGGCAAGUUAUUCAUGAUUAAAACACAAAGAAAUUGGAAAAAAAUGUUGAUAGAUGUUUGAUAAAACGAAAAAUAUUUGGGAAAAAAAUUCGGAAAGGGAUUUGGCCGUCGGAAAGUUCCCUAGCGAUACGAAAAAAAUCGGAAAAAGUCGCCUUUUGAAAUUUCGUUGGCUUUUUCACACCAUCAAAAUUUUUGAGCACGCUCAGCCUUCUUUUUGACAUUGUACAAUUUUUGAAAUUAAAACCUUAAAAACUCACAUUAAUCGUUCCAGUAGGAGUCGAUUGAUUAUUGUUCCCAAUUUUUGAUAGUAUGCUCGAACGUUCUUUCUAGAAAAAAAUAAUUUAAAAAAAGAAUUUUUUUCAAAUAUCAAACUGCACUAUUUGAAGUUGUCGUUGACCUCCAUUGACUGAUCCGACCAAGUUAGUUGUAAGCUUCCUGCAAUAAGUUCAAGAUUGAAAAAAAAAACAAGUCGUUUACAUCAUUAGAAUCAGAAUUUUUUGACUGAUUAGCUAUGUAAAGUCUCAAGUAAGUUAGGAAAGCUUUAUCGAGUCAGAAAAACUAACUAGGCGGUGCGCUAGAGCUCCGCUCUGCCUUUUCAUAACUAAUCCUAGACGCCGAAGGCCGUGACGGCAUUUUCCGCGGGGGUCCCAUCAUCGCUUUGUCAGUAUCGCGCUGCCAACAGUUUCUGCUUCGGCCACAGGAAUGGGCUUCAGCGUGACUUUGCGUAUCCAGUUUGCAAGCAAAAAGGAUCGGCACUCCGGGAGUCCCGCGGGCCUAAUCUACUAGCGCUUAUAGCUCAGAAACUAUUUUGGCAGUUAGAACUUUAUGGAAAACUUAUCUUGACGUUGAAGAAACGAGACGAAGUCGUGAGGAAAGCAGAAAUGAUAUUUGAACCCAGGUCACAAAAAGAAAUGACGUGUUGUCACGUGGCUUUUGUACGUGUUUAUUUUUUCGAUAUCCCACGGGUUCACGUUUUUUUGCAGAGAAUUAAAUCUUUUUUCUGAAAAAAGUGGGUCAUAUGAUGAAAGUUGUCAUCUAGUCUCUUUGACUUAUUUUAAAACCGGUUUCGUGUAACUUAGAGUCAAAUUGAAUUUGCUAAUGCAGUUUGAAGUUUUUUUAUUAUAUAAAUGGUCUUAAUUACAUUAUUUUUUUGUAGUUUUUUUACGUUUAUUUCAACUUGAUUAAAUAUUCCGCCGUACAAGGUUUUUCUUUCUGCUUUUUUAUUUAUCAAUUGUUUAUCUGAUACAUGAAUGAUAAAUCUCUUGUCAAUUUACCUGAGGCCUGCUGUAAAAAAAUACCGGAGGCUAUUUUUUUAUAAUCACUUGAAGACUUUUGGACUCCGUUCCAUAUUUUUCGCUGUUUUUUUUCUUUAUUUGACAAAUAACUACGAAUGUUUUCAAGAUCGAGCCCUUGGCCCCGGUCGAAAUCCCUUUCGUGUCUUUCGCCGUACUAUGUCGCGAUCCAUCAGAAACGGUGAAUCAUCUCAAGACUUUUGUCAAUUUUCCGUCUCUUCCAUUUCAAGAGAGGGGAAAUGAGUUGGCCGCGGCUGAUCCGGUAUGAUUUUUCGGGGUCAAUAUGUCUAUGAACAAGAAAGUUGCAGUUACGACCAUCUUUAGCCAUUCUGGCGCUGGGCCAGGUUACUUAUAACCAAUUUCUUUGGAGACUUCCACGGCUGCAAAAACUACGAAGAGAUUUGGGUUUUGUUGACUUCCAGUUUUUUAAUCAGGUGGGGUUUUGGCUUGAAAAUUCGUUAUAUAAAAACACGAUUUUCGCUAUAGUCUGUUCUGGUCAGAUUUUGACUGUCAACUACAAUGUCGUCAUUCGAAAACGCUCUGUAGACGGCUCGGUUUCUGAUUGGUUCUUGACGUUUUUAGGGGCGGACCUUCAGCCACGAAUUGAUAUUCAAAAUUUGAACAGACUAUAGAAGGCACUAUUGGUUUGAUAUUGAACUGAUAAUUUUUCAUUUUCGUUUUUAAGUUGAGGAGAAGAGGUCUUAUUGAGGAAGAAAAACAAAUGAAGCGUAUUUUAUGAAAUUUUGUUCAGAUCAGCGGCGAUCCAAAUGAGAAUUUUUUGACGUCCUUGAAAGGUGUUGGAGAUGAUCAAAGCAGUAUUUGGACGAAUAUGCGAGGUUUUUUUUUUCUGUUUUCAAGAUUUUGAAUAUUUUCUGAAGUCCAUGUGUCUAAAGAAAAAAAAAAUUUAGAAUCGAAUCAAUUUUGAAAACAAUUUGAAAAGAUAAUUUUAUUUUAUUGUAUUUUAUUGUAUUUUUCUAGAGGCCUUUUAUUUGAAGAAAAAAAAAUUGAGGAUUGAUUCGAUUUCGAAAACUAUUUGAAAAGAUAAUUUUAUUGUAUUUUUGAAUGCACGGCCUAAUUCUAUAACGUAACACUGAAAAACUACCUUUUUUUCCAAUUUUCUACAAAAAAACCCGACGAGAUUGAGUGAAAUUUUUCGAAAAAAAUUUCAAAAAAAUCACGUUAUUCAAAAAUUAAAAAAAGUUUUUAAAUGUCCUAAAAUAACACAGAAGUAGCUUUUCGCCUUUAGACCUUCUUGAAAUGUGGCUAUGCACCUUUAAUAGCUUCAGCAAGUGGCUAUGCUCCUUUAAAAGUUCUAGCUUUUUUCAAAGAGGAUUUCAGACCGAGGCUGUGUGACCUUCCUAAACGAUGAUCAACAGUUGAAAUCGCCUUUCGGCUCUUCUUCAGCCAGAAAUCCCGAGUUCGACUACCAUCCUCGAGCCUACCAUCUCUACAAUCAGCAGAACCUCGUCCAGCCCAAAGGAAACGGUCAUUGUAUGAUGGACGGCAGGGUAAGGUGGCCAGACGCGUCGCGGCUCACUCGCGGUUUUCAGCUUAACGUCGAGGACUAUUUCCGGGUGUGGCGUCACUUUCUCGUCAGACAUCAGAAGAAGUGCCAUUUCUCGAUCACUUAUCUGUCUGACGUCUCCGGCCACGAAGACGAGACAUUGGGUCUUGCUGAUGACGUCAUUGUGUAUGUUAUCACUUUCUAGUAUGGAGAAAAACAUUUUUCUUUCGAAUUACUGAUUUAUUGAAGUUUCUUUGCGAUCCUACUCUCUAUUUACUUUUUAUUCUUCGAAUUUUGAACAAUAUUCAGCUGAUGACGUCAAUUUUAAUUUUAUGACGUCAUUUUUAACGAAAAAAAUUUUUUUAUAGUUAAAAAGUUAUAUAAUUCAAUAUUUCGUCUCCCUAUUUUUUUAAAUUCCAAAUUCAUUUUCGAAGGAUCUCUCCAUGGCGAUAAGACAUUUUGUGACAUCAUUUUAAGCAUUAUGACGUCACUCUUUCAUGCGAAUGAUUGAAAAAAAACGGCAUUUUUUUUAAACUCGAAAUCAACUUUCUGAAAAUCAGUCUGACGUCUGCCUUCAAUAUUAAGAGGACGUUGACCUUCCUAUGACGUCAUUUUCUAUUGGAUGACGUCAUUAUGUAAGACAUCCCAAUAAGGAUUCGAAAACACAUAGCUGCUCUAUAAAAUAAUUGAAGAAAGUCCAAAGGAUGUCAAAAAAAUCGCGAAAAAAUGAAGAUUUUCCGAUUUCGAACUUACCGGAAUAAGUUAAGAUGUCCUGAAAGUGCAAAAAAAAUUUAGGUCGUUUUUGAAUGAUUUGAACUCGCGUGGAAUUUUAAACAGCACCGCUGUCGUUAUUUUGUCCGAUGGGAAAUCUGGGUGGGUCUGGAAUUUUUUUGACUAUAGAGAAUCUUUCGGUUUCAGGGAAGACUUGGAAAAUAAUCAAGGAGUUUUCAUGGUUCGAAUGCCGGAUUCUUACAAAGAUUCGUUUUCGGAAAAGAUUUCCACCCUUGAUUGGAAUAGUAAGAGGUAAAAAAAAAAGAAAUUUUCCGUUUUUUUAGUAACUCAUUUUUUAGAAAGUGAUCAAGUCGAAAUCACAGCAAAUUUGUCAAAAAAAUUUUUGAAAAUCGGUAAUUUGUUUUUAAAAAAAGGGUCCUGAGACGAUGUGAGCAUUAGAUUGGCGAUAGAGGGGAAAAUUCGAAAUUUUACAGUAUCCUAGAAUUUUUUUUGAACUCCAUAUAUGAAGUUAUCAGUGAACAGACGAUUUGAAGAGUUUAGACUGAAUUUAAAAUUUCAAUCGUUUUGCUGAAAAAAUGCUCGACUUACUUGAUAUUUCUUUGAAAAUUUUUCCGCCUUGCUAGAUCUAAGAUUUCUUCUCAACCAAUAAUAUUUUAGACUGAUUUCCAAUCUUGACGUAUUCGAAACGCUUCGCGAUAUCUCCCUACCAGAAAAAGGUUCAGCAAAAAUUUUCUCGAAAGAUUUGAAUUUUUGAUCAUUUUUAGGAAGUUCAAACUCUUUAUUGUCAAAGAAAUUGUCAAAAGAGCGAACUUGCCAAGAUGCUGGUAUAGAUCUGAAUCAGUGCUUGUGCAGAACGAAUGUUUAUCUUGAAUCUACCAGAAGGUUUUCGAAAAAAAUAUAUUCUUUUUUAAAAAUCUGCUUCAGAGAAGUGGUGAAACAAGCCGUUGAGGAAGUCAUAAAAAGCGAAUUUUCUCCUUUAAAAUGCAUCCGACGAGUUGAUUUUCCGGAUAGUCCGGCUUAUUGGAAUGUUUCGAUUCCUGGGGUCAGCAUGAAGUGAGUUAAAUCAGUUUUGCGCGUGAAAAUUGGAGAAAACGUGUAUUGAGUGCAGACACCUCGGCGUAUAAUUGCAUGAUUUAGAAUCAAUUUUUUUAGGAGUCCUUACAAAAGCCUUGUUUUUAUCGAAUUAACAGCAACUGUCGAGGCAAUACCACGCCAAAUGGUUGGAAGAGUUCCGAGAGAACCGGUGAGUUGGAAAAAUAUUGGCCGCACUUGGAAUGGCUGAGAAAUUUUUUGCUGAUUUUUUUUUUGCGCAACGGAGAGCUCUUAUGUCGUGUGGAACUUUAUAUGGAAUUUUUCGAUCUUCUUAUUUUUCUGUUGUUAAUUUCUACAGAGAGUUUGAAAAAAAGGCUCUAAUUAAUAAUGUGUUUAUUUUUCAAAUGAAACUUCACAACGGAAACAAGCCCUGGAAAAAUUCCAGAGAUUUGAACGCAAGAAAAAAUUACGUCUAUUCUACGUGCGGCCACAGCUCUCAAAUCAAGAAAAAUAACGUGAACCUUGAAUUUUUCCAGCUUUUUAUCGAUUUUUCGGCUGAUAUCCGUUUCGAUUCCACUUCUAUCGAGGCGGUCCUCGUAGGAAUCAAAGCGAUUUCUCGAGAGUUUUCGUCUUUCGACAGGUUUUUUAAAACAUUUUUUCCAGAGUCUUCAUUUAUUUGUUUUUCCAGAAUAUGCGAAGAACUGUCCGAAACGGAAACAAAGGACAAGUGA